UGUGGGGAGGGUUGGAAGGGUGGUUAGCAGCUUGUCACUGGUGUGGAUGGAGUUAAACCUUUCCGGGGACUAUUUACUCCUGAUCCUAAGUGACAGCUUGGGGAGGGAGAGUCACGUGGUCCUGAAAUCCCCACGGGAGCCGAUGGAGCAUGCCCAGCUGCUUCUGCCUGGGAAAGGUGCUGGAUCCUGCAGUAACCACAACAGCAUCCUCUCCCCGGAGCCAGGGAUCUGCCAGCGGGAAGGAUGACUGAUUAGAUCAGAUUAGAUCCAGUGCCCCGCUCUGACGAAGGGGUCCCCAGGGGCGGGGGAGGACGACCCCAGCUGGCCCGAACUGGGGGAGGGGUGCCUCCGGAAUCGCACUUAGCGCUCUCAGCGUGGGAUCACACCUCCGAGGCCCAGCCGUCACAAUGAAAGACGCAACACAUUUCAACACCCAGUGACUGGCCAGGACCCAGAGGAGAACAAAAAGUUUAACCUGAAACCAUCGGCCUUGGACAUGUCCAACAAAACAGGUGGGAAACGUUCUGCUACCAUCAACGACAACUCCAACAACAUGGUGUCAGAAGUUCCUCCAGAGCGGCCCAACAACCGGGCAACUCGAACUUCCCGAAAAGCCAUUGCCUUUGGUAAGCGCUCACACUCCAUGAAGAGGAACCCCAGUGCCCCUGUCACCAAGGCUGGCUGGCUCUUCAAACAGGCCAGCUCCGGGGUGAAGCAGUGGAAUAAGCGCUGGUUUGUCCUGGUCGAUCGCUGCCUCUUUUACUACAAAGAUGAGAAGGAGGAGAGCAUCCUGGGCAGCAUUCCCCUGCUAAGCUUCCGCGUGGCAGCUGUGCAGCCCUCAGAUAACAUCAGCCGGAAGCACACGUUUAAGGCAGAGCACGCUGGAGUCCGCACUUACUUCUUCAGUGCAGAGAGCCCUGAGGAGCAGGAGGCCUGGAUCCAAGCCAUGGGCGAGGCUGCUCGGGUACAGAUCCCUCCAGCCCAGAAGUCAGUGCCUCAGCCUGUGCGGCACAGCCACGAGAAGUCAGACUCAGAGAACAUCCCACCCAGCAAAAUCCAUCAGCAGCCUCCUCACAACAGCCUCGCCAAGCCAGAGCCUGAGGCCAAGACUCGAGGGGAAGGGGACGGCAGAGGCUGUGAAAAGGCCGAGCGAAGGCCUGAGAGGCCUGAAGUCAAAAAAGAGCCUCUGGUGAAAGCCAACGGCCUCCCAUCUGGACCCGAAUCAGCCUCAGAGCCUGGCAGUCCUUACCCCGAUGGUCCGAGGGUCCCAGGAGGUGGGGAGCAGCCUGCCCAGCCCAAUGGCUGGCAGUAUAGCUCCCCAAGCCGACCAGGAAGCACGGCUUUUCCACCUCAUGAUGGGAACACUGGGGGACACCGGCAGAGCUUUCCACCACGUACUGACCCCGACAAAAUUGCCCAACGCAAAAGCUCCAUGAACCAGCUUCAGCAGUGGGUGAACCUGCGCCGAGGCGUGCCCCCAUCCGAAGACCUUCGGAGUCCUUCAAGGUUCUACCCUGUGUCCCGCCGGGUCCCUGAGUAUUACAGCCCCUACUCCUCCCAGUACCCUGAGGAUUACCAGUACUACCCACCAGGGGUGCGGCCAGACAGCAUCUGUUCCAUGCCAGCCUACGAUAGGAUUAGUCCGCCCUGGGCCCUGGAGGACAAGCGGCACUCCUUCCGUAACGGGGGUGGGCCCACUUACCAGCUUCGUGAAUGGAAGGAGCCGGCCAGCUAUGGGCGGCAGGACAGCACCAUUUGGAUCCCCAGCCCCUCCCGACAGCCAGUCUAUUAUGAUGAGCUGGAUGCUGCCUCUGGCUCCCUGCGACGCCUGUCCUUGCAGCCCCGUUCCCACUCUGUGCCCCGUUCGCCCAGCCAGGGCUCCUACAGUCGUGCCCGAAUCUACUCCCCUGUGCGCUCUCCCAGUGCCCGUUUUGAUCGGCUACCACCUAGGAGUGAGGACAUCUAUGCAGACCCUGCUGCCUAUGUGAUGAGGCGAUCCAUCAGUUCCCCAAAGUAUGAUUACCUGGGAGACAGGCGGCCAGUCCCUGCAGGACUGUUCCCCUACAACUACCCACCAUCCCCCACGGUCCACGAUAAGAUGGAUGACCUUUUAGAUCUUCAGUUGCAAAGAAACCUAGAGUAUUUGGACCAGCAGGUCCCUGCAUACCCAGAGGUGUUCCGGGAUGGCCUCCACACCUUCAAGUUAAACGAGCAAGACACGGAUAAGCUGCUGGGCAAGCUGUGUGAACAGAACAAGGUUGUGAGAGAGCAGGACCGGCUGGUGCAACAGUUACGAGCAGAGAAGGAGAGCCUGGAAAGUGCCUUGAUGGGGACCCACCAGGAGCUGGAGAUGUUUGGAAACCAGCCUGCCUACCCUGAGAAGCUGCUGCACAAAAAGGAAUCUUUGCAAAACCAGCUCAUCAACAUCCGGGUGGAGCUGUCACAGGCGACUACGGCCCUGACCAACAGCACAGUGGUGUAUGAGAACCUCGAGUCUGAGGUCUCUGCCCUGCAUGAUGACCUCUGGGAACAGCUCAACUUGGACAUCCAGAAUGAGGUGCUCAAUCGGCAAAUUCAGAAGGAGAUCUGGAGGAUCCAGGAUGUGAUGGAAGGACUUCGGAAGAACAACCCGUCUCGGGGCACUGACACGGCCAAGCACAGAGGAGGACUUGGUCCCUCAGCCACCUAUAGCUCCAACAGCCCAGCCAGCCCUCUCAGCUCUGCCAGCCUUACCAGUCCCCUGAGCCCCUUUUCAAUGGUGUCUGGUUCUCAGGGAUCUCCAACCAAACCAGGGUCCAGCGAGGAACCUGGCCCACCUCGGCCGCCCCUCCCCAAAGCCUACGUCCCCCUGGACUCUCCUCCCACCGUCCCUCCACUCCCUAAUGAGAGCCGCUUCUGGCCAUACCCCAACUCCCCUUCCUGGCAUCACAGUGGCGAGACAGCCAGGGGUCAGCCCAAAACAGGCUAUGAGCCAAACAAGAAAGACCCCGACCAGACAUCACCCCUGGAUACCCCCAGAGACAUCAGCCUCGUGCCCACCAGACAAGAGCUAGAGACAGAGAAGCAGGCAGCUCUCAACAAAGUUGGCAUCGUGCCCCCUCGGACAAAAUCUCCUGCUGAAGAAGAGAUGACUCCAUCAGCAGUGGUGAGGAGGACUACCAAUGGCCUCACCAAUGGCCUCUCCUCACGGCAAGAACGUCCCAAGAGUGCUGUAUUCUCGGGAGAGGGCAAAGUGAAGAUGAGUGUGGAGGAGCAGAUUGACCGGAUGAGGCGGCAUCAGAGUGGCUCCAUGAAGGAAAAGCGGAGGAGCCUGCAGCUUCCUGCCAGCCCAGCCCCUGAACCUAGCACCCGGCCUACCUACAAAGUGGUGCGCCGUCACCGAAGCAUCCACGAAGUAGACAUCUCCAACCUGGAGGCAGCCCUGAGGGCCGAGGAGCCUGGCGGCCAGGCCUACGAGACGCCCCGGGAGGAAAUUGCCCGGCUUCGCAAAAUGGAGCUGGAGCCCCAGCACUAUGAUGUGGACAUCAAUAAGGAGCUCUCCACUCCAGACAAAGUCCUCAUUCCUGAACGGUACAUUGACCUGGAACCAGACACUCCCUUGAGCCCUGAGGAGUUGAAGGAGAAGCAGAAGAAAGUCGAGAGGAUCAAGACGCUCAUUGCCAAAUCCAGUAUGCAGAACGUGGUGCCCAUCGGCGAGGGGGACUCUGUGGACGUGCCCCAGGACUCAGAGAGCCAGCUGCAGGAGCAGGAAAAGCGGAUUGAAAUCUCCUGUGCCCUGGCCACCCAGGCCCCCCGCCGGGGCCGCAUGCUGUCUGUGCAAUGUGCCACCCCAAGCCCUCCCACCUCCCCUGCUUCCCCGACUCCACCAGUCAACCCCCUAUCGUCUGAACGCCCGCGGGGCGCCGACAGCAGCAGCAGCCAUACCAUGCGGGUCUGAGCUCUGACUGCAAGCCCUGGCUGAGGCCAAUGCUGUGAAGCUCCACAGGGCCACCUUCUGAUAGCACACCUGGGACUCUGGCUCCUCAUCCUGGCCUCCUGCCCUUGCACCCACCAUGGGAAUGCCUUGGGGAGCCAGGCUGGGGGCUUAGAAAGGAGCAUGGAUGCCUUUUCACAUCUGCUGCCCUUGUCCUGAAGCCUGCACUGUCAUGCCAUGGUUCUAAAGCAAGACCUGGGAUGGCAAGGCCAAGGUGUCAUUCUCUAUGAUGCCCCAGGAAGUCACAGGGAGCUCAAGUGCAGUUCCAGAUGGCAUUGUGUGGCCCUCCAGCACCAUGCUCUGAUGGAGACCGUGUCCUGGUGGGGAGCAUGCCCUCAGCUAUGGGUGAGGACUAGAAGUGAAGACAAGACAGACUCUAUCCCUUGGAACCCACACAACACAAUGAGAGGCCAACUCUUGCCAUCAUCUCCCUCACCUUCAGUCCCAGCUGCCUCAGCGAUGCCCAAGGCUUUGACACGGCUCUGCUGAUGGGUUUCCCAGAGUUCACUGGAGACCAGCAGCCAUGCGUGAGCCAAAGAGAAGAUGAUGAGUGCUAGGGGGAGGCCCCUGGGCUCCUGGAGAGGUCGGGUGUGGUAUGGAUAGAGGACAGCAGGUCUGUGCAGUGUCUGAGGGCAAGUUGGAAGCAGGAGCAGAUGGAAGAGGAGAGAGGCUUGGAGACUGAAGGAAGAGAAAGUUGGAUGCUUUCUACGAGCAAUGGGAAUGUAAGGAAGGAGGAAAAUGGGAAGGGAGAAUAGGAAUGGCUUCCCUAGAGUGGAGCCUUAGGCUAGUGCCAAGCAGAGGGCCUGACUGUCACCUAUGUACUCACAUCUUCCUCAGGAGCAGGUGGCCCCAGGAGGACUUGCCAGGCACACAUCAGCCCCAACUGAGGUGCUUGGUAGCAAGGUGUUGAGGAAGAAGAUGUUAGGGUUGAGAUGGCCUGAGAGAUGGCCCUUCUGUGUCAAGGCCUGUUUGUCUCUCUCCUAGGGUUGUGGGCAGAGAGGACUGUCUUACUGUCUGUCUUCCUGUCAGCCUUGGGGCCUUACCUCAUCAGUUUCUUGACCCAUUUAAACCUGGAGAGUACUGUGAGCCAGCUGAGGUUUAGCCCUGGGAGGAGGGAAUGGGGAUUUAAGUGUGAGGCCAGGUUCUAGGUCCUCACUCAUCUCAGGCAUCCAGAGCAGGACCAGAGGCUGGGUUUUCUUAUUACCCAUCUACCCAGGGAGGGCAGGAUGUGGAGAGACGGGAGCAGAGUAUAGUCUUCCUCUAUUCCACCUACCUUGAAUGAAUGUAGCCAGAGGGCAGUGAAGGAAGGCCAGCUGCAGACACCAGUCUCCAGGCCUGCUCUGCGAGAGUUGCUGCCCAUAGACUUCAGCCUGAGCAUCAGUGGUGGUCCCAAGAAACAACUGCAUCAUAUCCCAUCAGUUCAUCACUGCUCCUUCAUGGUUGGGACAGUUACUGGUUCAUAUGCAAGUAAAGAUGACAAUUCAUUCAACAAAUACUAGUCAAGCACUUUUUGUGUAUCAGGUACUGUUUCAGGUGCUUAGGAUAUUGUCUUGCUUCUGAGAUCUGGAGGAUUCCACCUGUAUUUACCCUGUCAGGCUUCUGGAAAGUGCUCCUUGGUGACAUGCCCUAUCUACACAGUCCAAGCACCCAAACCAUGCCCUUCCUUCCUUAAAGAAUGAUAGGUGGGACUAGCUCCCAGUUUAGCCUCUUUCCCAAUACCCUCUUCCACAAGAAACAAAAUUUUUAGAGCUUCCCUGUGUUUGUCUCUCCUUUUUAAAGGAAGUGGUAUUUUUAGAAAUACAAGUGAAAUACCAAGAAACGUCUGCGCCUCUUCUGCCACUCUCACCCCAUAUUUCAUAAAGCUGACUCUUAUGUUGCUUUACAUGCCUUAAUAUAUGUUUUAUGGAAGUUAUCAUGUCAUAGAGACCCAUGUAAUAUAUAUCUACAUAUAUAUUUGUCUGGAUGUCAGUCCUUUCUCAGCUCCUGGCCCGAUCACACCGUUCUUAGCAUGUUGAAACCACGCCCCUUGCCUUUUUGAUCCAAAGAAGAAGAGGAAAGAUUUACUUUAAGGCAGACCUAUUUUAUGCCUUUGUUUAAAAAACAGAUCUAUUUUCAAAAUGUGCAAUGUCUGAAGGGGACUGGUGAUGUGUGAGGAAACUAAGGUGGCUGUCCCCAGGCUGGGUCUAUGUCCUUCCCUCUACUCCAGUGGCUUCCUUCCUGUUACCCAGUAAUUGUAAAGGGCUGGUCCCCAGGCUCAUCACAGCUGCAUCCUGCAGGAGCAGGACAUUCUUUUGAAAGUCCUAGUCUAAGAAUUUGACUUCACCGUCAACUUUAGGAGGCAGCCCAAGGGUUGUCAGGCUUGUGACAUGAAGGAAAUGUUUACAACUGCAGACAUGCAGUCCUCGCAUGGGCCCCUGGACCACCUCUGAGAAAAGGCUAACAGGUUGCUGGCAGCAUAUGCUAGCCAGUUUGAAGGGUGUCAGUCUGCUUCCUGACAGACCCAAGAUACAAGGUGAAGCCCAGAGACAGUGGCUUGGGACCCUCUGUGUUCUUUGGUGAAUACUAUGAGCUCCUGGGCCUCCCACACACUUUCUCUUGAGCGAACUCUGUGUCACACCCAUCUCCCCCUAGGACUUUUCUUUCUGGGAAGAAAUGGCACAUUGGUCUGGCAUCCAGACUUGAAGCCUCAUUCUUGGCUGGGGAAGGGCCCCACAGUCAAUGUCACACCUUCGUCUUUCCCAAGAAGAAGCCCUCAGUGCUUUGGCAGGCUGUGGGCUGGAGUCCUGGCCUGAAAGGUCAGCCUUUCAAAUUGCUUUCUGACAGGUGAAGUGAGCAAGGAGGUUCUAGCCUGGCAAGGACUUGAGUAGGAUGGUGUCCUCACCCCAUAUCUGAAAUGAUUGUUUGGGAAUUUUCCAGCACUCUGGCCAGCCUUUGAUACCGGACCUCCAAAUCUGGCAUUUUUUGGCCCUCUUCCCAGCCUCAAGCCUCUUGCUAUGAAUGAACAGGGCCCAGCUAUAAGCCUAGGGCUGAGCACCCCUUCUGGGGAAAGUCCUGGCUACCCAUUUAGGGCCUUCCCAAUUAACACAUUACCUCUUCCACCAAAAACCAAGAGGCUGCGAUCAAAUAUUGCUACUGUCACUUUAAAGACUCUUCUGGGGAAGCAAGCUUGCAAGCAGCAAGUGUGCUCUCCUGCCUUUAUGGAAAGACAUGUUCUUGGGGUCAGGGCUGCUACUGCAAGAUGGAAUCCCUUCCUUCCCCAUCAGGCACCCUCCUCCUGGCAGCUCUUAAAACUAAGGAAAAAUACUAUAUAAAUAUAUAUAUAUAUACAUAUCUAUUUAUGCACAUAUUUGGGGCCAAUUUGAUUUGCUAGUGUUAGACAAUAAACCAUACAAGGAAAUUUAUCUCAGUGUCUCUAUUUAGUAUGAAAGUGACCUUAGACAAAGAGUUAAGGUUAGAUGAACAGCUUCUCUGUUGGGACCACAUGGCUGUAGCAUCUCUUGAGCAUUUGUCUAGCCCAUCAUGCUCCCCUGGAGAGGGGGCGCCUGGCUGAGGUAGGUGAGAGCUUGCUCCCUCCUUUCAGUGUCAAUCUUACUAGAUUAGGUACUAAAGAAUCCCACUGAGCUCUGCAUUUGUAUCUUGCAAGUUUGUAUAAAUCAAUACCAGAAAUAAAAUGAAUGGUUUGUACCUA